GGGGGCGGGUCUCUCCGGUUCUUCCUCCGGUUCUUCCUCCUUCAUCCUCAUCGGCGGCUUGUGCUGCGAACAUGGCGGCCGGUUCAGGCGCUGCGAGCGGCCACGGAGCCCGCAGCUCCACCGCUGCGCUGGAAGCCACGCUGGACCGGCGCUUUCAAGGAGUAUCCAACACCAUGGAGUCCAUUCAGGGACUUUCCAGCUUCUGCAUCGAGAACAAGAAGCAACACGGCCUGAUCGUGCGCCACUGGAUGAAGUGGCUCAAGAAGUCUGACAACAACCAUCGCUUGAAUCUCUUCUACCUGGCCAACGACGUGAUCCAGAACUGCAAAAGGAAGAACGCCAUCGUGUUCCGUUCCGCCUUCGCUGAGGUUCUUCCCAACGCCGCUCAGCUCAUCAAAGACGGGAAGGUUCGUAAGUCGGUGGAAAGGAUCUUCUCGAUCUGGGAGGAGAGGAGCGUUUAUCCUGAGGAGGUCAUCGCUCAGUUCAAAACCAACCUGAACAAAAAGGAGAAGGAGCGAGAGAAGCAGAAGGAAAAGGAAAAAGAAAAGGAAAAAGAGAAGGAGAAAGAGAAGGAAAAGGAGGCUCCACUUGCACAUGCUCCUGCUAAUUCCAAAGCUGCCCUGAAGUCCAAGAUCGUAGCAGAGUUCACACCUCAGUCGCUCAUUGAACAGCUGUCCAGGUACAGGCGAGCCGUCGCUGAGGAGGAGUUCAGGGAGAAGCAGCUUUCAGCCCUCAGGGUGGACGUCUGCAGCACCGAAGCCCUCAAAAGACUCAAAGACAAAGCUGGAGGGAACAAGUUCGCCAAGGACUUCGAGGACGGCAGUCUGAAGCUGCAGGAGUUUGUGGGUUUCCUGGAGAAGGAGCUGAAGACGGGGCCUCCUCUGCUGGAAGCUCUGGGAAAUGCAGACAUCUUCUACGAGAUGCAGUACAAGGAGGUCAAGAUUGUGGCCGAUGCGUAUAACGCCUUUGCUAAUCGUGUGGCCAGUCUCAAAAGGAAACUGGACUCUCUGAAGUCGACUCUACCUGGACCCGAGGACUCCCCCAUCCCCUCACCCUCCGAAGACGCCCCCUCACCCACCGGCUCGGAGUCGCCCUUCCUGGGGAUGGGGGCUGGCAGAGCCCAGGUGGAUCCGGAGCUAGACGGGAAGGCCAUGGACGAAGGAGAGCUGCAGAAUGACAACCGAGACAUGGAGGACAUGGACAUGUCCGAUGAGGAGGCGGACGCAGCAGCAGAUGACAAGAAAGACAAGCUGUCCGCCGCCGUUUCCAAGACGACCAAGUCAGAUGUGGCGUCAAAGCCUCCGAACACACCGACAAAAGUCUCCAAGACGAACACCUCCACUGCUGCCUCCACCACCCCGCUGACCCCAACAUCUACUGCAGCUGCUGGAGCUCCAGGACCCCCGCUGGGAGUCAACCUGGCCAAGGUGGACCUGGGAAAGAUCAGCUCCAUCCUCAGCUCGCUCACCUCCGUCAUGAAGAACACAGCGAGUCCGUCGCCGAGGCCGUCUCCAGGGACGCCCACCACCCCGUCUGGCCAAUCAGCAGCCUCCAAAACGACGCCGCCGAGCCCCGCCCUCGCCAGCAUCCUAUCACGAGUCGACAUCACACCCGAAGGGAUCCUCAACGCCCUGUCCAAGACCAACACACCAGGUCUGUCGUCUCUCCUGCAGAGCGUCACCAACACCUCCUCUGCUCCUCCCACCAGAACCUCUCCAGAAUCGGCUACCGUCAGAACUCCGCUAACCCCGACCACCCCGAAGACGAAGCCCGUCCUGGGGAACAGCCUCAAACGAGACACCCCUGGAAGAACCAGGGACUGGGAGAAGGAGAGGCAGCUGUCUCCUCCUCCUCCCCCCCCUCCUCCACCUCCUCGGCCCUCAGCUCCCUCUGUCUCCCCUCCAAGUUUGGAGUCAAAGAUCAACAGCUUCCUGCAGGGGAACCCGGGUUUCAGCCUGGCUCUGGGUGACGUCAGUCCGGACGGCGUGGACGGGACGCCGGUUAGAGACGAGGCGGCCGGAACGCCGACCCAGGAUGAGAUCAUGGACGCGCCCAGCAGCGUCCCUGAGUCUCUGGGCUCGUCUGGAGGUCACAACCUGUCGCCCACGGCCUACCGGAGCGAACCCUGGGACGCCGUCAUCACCCCGUCAGGAAGCAAUAGUGAUGGAGACUUCCUGGCCUCGUCGCGGUUCGGAGCCGGGAAGAAGAGCGGCACUAAACUAAAGGACGAUGACGCCAUGAACACCAGGAAGCGGGUGUCCUCGUCACCCGGUAGCGACAUAACAGCUAAGAAAGACGAGCAGCAGCCGAGGAUGAGAGCGACGGGCGAGCGGAGACACUCGGCCGGCUCCCGUAAGGCGAGCACCGGGUCGGAGGACGGCGGGAAGCUGAAAGGUGAAGAGUCUCCUGGCAGGAAGGAGGGCCAGUACCACCGCAUAGAGACCCUGGUGUCGCCCUGCGCUGAGGGGGCGCCCAUCCAGACUCUGGGCUACUCCAACCGCCCACGAGCCGGGGAGCGCAUCAAGACGGUGGAGAGCAUCCGUGUGAUUGGCCGCGGCUCUCGGCGAGGGGGCGGGGCCGGCGGCCGACCGGGCGGGGCCAUGUGGUACGAAGAGGAGGAGUACCUGGAAGCUCCGCCCCCCUCCCCCCACCUCCCCCCGCCUCCCCUGGAGGACAUGGCCACCUCCAUGCCACCUCCCCCUCACCUCCUUCUCCCCCUGCCUCACCUCCACCCCCUGUCCCACCCCCCUCCCCCCCAGACUCCGUUCCAGAUGCCCUACCACCCCGACACCCUCCCUCCAUCCCACCUCCACCCUCCGCCAACAUCCCCGUUCUUUGGUGCCCCCCCGCCGAUCCCUCGCCCUCCUCCGCCCCCCCAGCGCCUCUCCCCCCCGCCCUCCCACGGUGCCGUUCCCUCGGCGGUCAUGGUGGGGGGAGUGUUGGUCCCGGUCGACCGCCCCCUCACCCUUCCCCCAGUCCGACCUGAAGGUGCAGAUCGAGGCGGUCCGAGGGGAGGCAAAGCGGUGCCUCCCCUCAUGGCAUCGCUGCUGGGUGAGCCCCCUAAACUGCCCCGCCCCGGCACUGUUAAAGAACCCUUUGUUCCUCGCCAUGCACCCCCUCUCCACCGCCCAGGCACCCCUGGCGUCCCUCCACCUUUACUGGGUCGUGUAAAGGAGCCUCUAAAUCUACCUCUCCCACACCCAUCUCUCCCCACAUCUUCCACCCCCUCCCCGUCUACGCCCAACUCCCCGGCCGUCGACGCCGCCCCGACUCGCCCCCUCGCUCCCCCCGCCAGCCCUCCAGGCGGCCAGCAGCCCCGAAGCCAAACCUCCAACCCCGUCCCGCUGCUCAACCUGCCCACCACCAGGCCCCCCAUCCUGUCCGGUCCACAGAGACCCCUGCUGCGAGGACGGACCUCCUCCCAACAGCAGGACCACCCAAUGGGGGGGUAUCGUGGGGGGAAACGCUCUGGUCCUCCAUUUGCAGGCGGUCCCUUCCACGGUCAGAAGAGGCCUUUCCUCCCCCCUCGCUACUGAAGUGGUCGUCUCCAGCUGAAGGAACCAGCAGAGCAGUGUUAGCCCUGCUGGUAUGAGCCCAGAUAUCUUUACUCAGUAAAAACUACCUGUAGGUUGUGUGUAAACAGCAGAUUAAAGCUAGGAGGCCGAUCAGCCCAGAGGUUAUCAACCAUCUCAACGUUCACAGUGGAUAAAAGUUUCUUUAGGUUCCAGAGUGACAGAGAAAGAGGAUAGUUCAAGUAGAAAUUAAAACGAUGCUGCAUUUAGAGUUGUGUGAUUCUUGGGGUGUGAGAGAAACUAAAAGCAGUCAUUUAGCAUUUUGGGAAAUUUGUAAAUAAGCUUUCUGGGUUCCAUAAAAACACUGAUAUCAGCCUGCUGUACCCGGGGUGAUCAGAAAGUUCAGACUGCACCUACCAGCUUUACAAACCCGAUUUGAAUUUGGCUGCUAUCUUGGUUGUUUUCUUGUGCAGCGAUGCUCUGCUCCCAGUGCUCCUGCAGCACUCCCUGGAAGUUCUGUUCUGUAAACGUUGCGUCAAUCUGAAUCUCAUAAAGUUGAUCAGAAAGUUAGUUCAGAGACUGUACCUCUAAACUUUGAAAACCGUCUUUAAAUUCCUCCGCCAUCACCGUCGGAAUACUUUUCUUGUGCAGCGAUGCUCUGCUCCCAGUGCUCCUGCAGCACUGGAAGUCCUGUUCUGUCAACAGGAAAAACUCCGUCAAGCUGAAUCUCAUAAAAUGUGUUGGAAAAACAUGAAUUUUGACGAAGCAAAGCAGUUAUGUUGUUGUGGCUAGAAAGUUCUGACAACAUCCGGCUUUAGAUUAAACUCUGCGUCGACAGUCCGACUCCUGAGGACUAACUCAUGGUGGAACAACCACGUAGAUGUUGAAAACAACCAGCGAGGUUCUCCUGGUGCUCCUGAGCUUUCUGGUCUUUAAACUGUGGGUUGUUGCUUCUCCUGAUGGUAGCUGCAGACCCUCCUCUGGUCACAUCUGUACUAAACGUCUUGAACAGGUUCUGAUAGUGUAACUCUUAGUGCUCGCUCAUGUUGCACAUCUGGAACCGUGACGCAGUCUGAACACCAACAGUCCCAGAACUUUUUGAUCAUUCUGCGUAUACGAAGCUUCUGUUCGCAUAAAGACCUGAAACCUCGUACAUUAAGUCUGAUUCGUUCAGUCCGACACAUAAGACUUCUUAGAGUCACCAGAAGUCAGAAAAAGGAGCCAGGCUGAACCAGUUUCUGGUCUUUAUGCUCGGCUAACGUUGGGCUCAGGCUGCAGGAGUUUCACACCAGUUUACCCCAAACAGAAGAUACAUCUGAACCUCCUGAACACAAAUCUAGCCCUGAAGCUAACGUUAGCUGCAGAUAUGGAAACUGAUCGCUAAACUCUCCAGUUCCAGCUGAAGAGAAACUGUUCAACUGUUUUCUAAUCAGAGCUGCUUCUGCUUUAGUUUUUAGUCUUACUAAAAGUUGUACCUUCAGUCUCCGGUCUGGAUCCAGGAACAGAAUCAUAUCCUGUAGUUUUGUAGCUUUUUUUCUUCUUCUCUGGUUUUAAACUCCUGCAGCGUGAGCCCGACUCUGUCUCCUGCUUCAUACUGAGAUUAAAACUCUUGACAGGAAUGAUCUUAAUUUCCCAGAAUGUCGAACCAGUCCUUUAAAACCGUGUGGCGUGAAGACGGUAGGCUGGAGGUUCUCCGGGGUGUAGAAGUUCUCCGGGGCCUGGGUGUGCUGUGUUUUCUCAUUUAAACAGUGAUUUGUGUUGCAGCUGAGGUGUUAACUCUUGUUCUUAUCUCCACAGUUCCUGCUGUAAAUAAUCAUUCUUCCUCCUGGUUUCCUCUUUCCCCUCCUGUUUAUUCCAGCUUGUAAAUAUAAAGACUGAGUGGAUCCUGUUUGUGUUAACGAGGACACUGGUUGGUUGUUUGUCGCCCGUCUAGAAGCUUUAGCCCUGAAGAGUUUCUGCUAUCGCUGAAGAGGAGGCGAACAUGAUUCUGUUUUAGGUUUUUUGUUGUUUUGAGGCGCUUAGACCUGAAGACACUCAGUAGAGGAUGGAGGGAAGAGAAACGUCUUCUAGGCUUCACCAUGUACUGACCUGAAUAAAAUCCACAGUUUCAAUUCAA